UCGGCUAGUUUGGUCUACUCAAAAUGGCGAACCUCAUCUAGGGGUCGAGUGUGAUAAACUGUCCCAUUUUUCAUCAUUUUUUAAGGGAAUCUAUUGAUAACCAUGUUAGCAAACAUAGCUCUGCGGUCUGUGCUGAAGUCCUCAGUCGGGGCUUUGAGAGAAAGCGGCGCUCUGUCGGUGAAUCAGUGGACACGCAGCUCGGCCUUACUGUCAGGACCGAGGGCCAGCUGUGUUGCAGGCAGCUUUGCCGUUUCACCACCAGUGAGACACUAUGCCCGGGUUGCAAAGAAAAAGAAGAUAGGACCUCAGAGCCAGCUCAGUGAUCUUCCCUCCACAAUGCUGAAGAUGGAUUAUCAGGCUGUGCCCCUCGCUCAAACGACCGAUGAUGUUGUCAAAAGACUCCUGUCGUUGGAGUUGGCGAGUCACAGUGAAAAGCUGCAGCUGAAAAAGGAACAGCUGAUUGCUAAAGUCCAGAGGGAGGAGAAUGACCGCAGCUCGGUGGAAGUCCGGGUGGCUAUUUUGACUGCGAGAAUCCGAAACUAUCAGGAGCACCUGCUGAAACACCACAAGGACAAAGCUAACAAAAGGCGGAUGCUCAUGGCUAUUGACCGAAGGAAAAAGCUUUUGAAGAACCUUAGGUUGGUUAACUAUGAAGCCUUUGAGAAAGUGUGCGAGCAGCUGGGCAUCACCUACACUUUCCCUCCAGAGUACUACAGAAGGGCCACACGCCGCUGGAUUGCCAAGAAGGCCUUCUGCAUUAAGGUCUUCAAGGAAGUGCAGAAGCAGAAAGCAGAGCAGAGGCUGUUGAAGCAAAGUUCAGACACCGAGGCAGCCAAGAUAAUAGCUGUUUAAACCCAAUAAAAGACAUUGUAGUGUAUAUUAAAACAAUUCAUUCUACAUGCUUGUGUUAACAUCUUUACUUUUACACCUUCUGAUAUGUGACAUGUGGACAAAUAGAUCCCUUUUUCAUGUGUUACUAUCAUACAAUGUUAUUUUCUUCUGCUUUCACAUUGAUGGUGGAAAUAAAAUAUUCCAGAAC